AUACAGGCUCUGUUCAAUGGCAAACUCCGGCUGCAUCCUGCUGUCCAACUCCGCUAUGCUCCCUCAUACCAUCCCCUGCACUCCAGCCUUUCUCUUUCUCCAGGAGGGUAACCAAGAAGCCACAGCACCCCCAGAAGCAAUGGCACAGCCCUAUCCCCCAGCCCAGUACCCCACACCGCAGAACGGAAUCCCCGCUGAAUAUGCUCCAGCGCACCCACACCCUACUCAGGACUACACCGGACAGACCACGGUACCAGAGCACGCCAUGACCAUCUACACACCCACGCAGACGCAUUCCGACCAGCCGUGCACUGAUGCAAACACACAGUCCUUAACGGGCGCAUCCACAGUACCACAGACAGAUGAAGCCGCACAGACAGAUUUGUCACAGCAGCUACAGUCAUCAGACACCACAGAGAAACAGCAGCCCAAAAGGUUACAUGUCUCUAACAUUCCCUUCCGAUUCAGAGACCCUGACCUGCGACAAAUGUUUGGGCAAUUUGGUAAAAUUUUAGACGUUGAAAUAAUUUUUAAUGAACGGGGAUCCAAGGGAUUUGGUUUCGUAACUUUUGAAACCAGUGCUGACGCGGACAGGGCACGGGAGAAAUUAAAUGGAACAAUCGUAGAAGGCCGUAAAAUAGAGGUAAACAAUGCAACAGCAAGAGUAAUGACGAACAAAAAGACCCCCAAUCAAUAUACAAAUGGCUGGAAAUUAAAUCCAGUCGUCGGAGCUGUCUACGGCCCAGAGUUUUAUGCAGUGACUGGUUUUCCGUACCCAGCAGCUGGAGCAGCUGUAACUUACAGAGGAGCUCAUUUACGGGGGCGAGGUCGUGCUGUUUACAACACCUUCCGCGCUGCACCCCCACCUCCACCUAUCCCCACAUAUGGAGCAGUUGUGUACCAGGAUGGGUUUUAUGGGGCAGAAAUUUACGGAGGCUACGCAGCAUACAGAUAUGCCCAGCCCGCAGCAGCUGCGGCCGCAGCGUACAGUGACAGUUAUGGCAGAGUCUAUGCAGCUGCAGACCCAUACCACCACACGAUUGCACCAGCUGCAGCGUACAGCGUUGGCACCAUGAGAUAUACACAGGAAAGCACUGGGAGAAACUACAUCCCCUCACUGACGCCCAAUGUGUGUUUUGUUUAUACCAACCAGAGAGAGUGGGACGGUUCAUCUCAGAGAUAUCUCCAGGAAUGCCGUCAAUGCCAGUCCUUGGUUGGCUUACCAGGCUAGCCUGUACAGAGGAGGGUACAGUCGCUUCACCCCGUACUAGCAAGAGAAACUCAGAGACACACUAAAACCCAGCAGGGCUAGAAACGUCUUCUCAGAAACUGUGGGGGGUUCGGCACGACAUGCAGAAAUGUUUUGUGCUGAUGCUCUCUUGGUUAACAUGAUAUUUUUACCUCAGAUGUUUUUUUUGUGUUUAUUACAUGUUUUAUCUGUGGUUACUGCAAUUUUUUCUUGAGUUUUGCUCAGUAUAAUAUACUUUGAAGAAAAUUUCUGAUGUGUAAACUUAAAACAACAGAAAAAAAAAGACUGGACAGCUGCAUUGUUUUCUUUUGAAAUUGGCAGCUGUGCCAAUUUCGCAGAUUUGCACCAGCCAGAAAUCUCUCUGGAUCUAGGCCAAACUUUUCCCCCUUUUUUUUAAGUGACUGUCAGAUUUGCAGGAUGGUUCAUUUUAAGUUAAAUUAAAUGAAGACAAGUUUGUAUGAAAUGAGCCACACAGCUUUAAGGUGAUAGUCAGAAAGUUAAAAACUGCACAACAUUUAAUCUUUCCUCAUCUAAUCCCACUGCAGAUCAUUACAUGAUCAGCACCUAAAAGCUAGCCAGUGCAAGAAACCUGACAAGACUCAUCACUUGUGGCUGGUGGAUUGAAGUGUCAACCAGCGCAGUGAUUGAAACGUGCCCCUCAUAACCAUAAUUGUGUGAAGUGAGCCUUUUUAAAGCCUUCCAUUGUAUUCAUUUUUGCAUCUCAUUUGAUUGGUAGAGAAAGGAAACAGUUUAUUCUUGUAGACAGCUCCAGUCUAACUUCUUUAACUGCAGCUACAGUGCAAGAAUAGAUUCUCAUUAUAAAUCAAAAGGUAAAAUACUAUACACUCCCUGAACAAAAGAAAACCUCCAGCUGACAUUGUGAAAUUUUCAUUUAAUCCUCUUCUGUGGAGGCAUAGGGUAAACAUUUCUCACCUUAUCGAGCAAGUUUAGAGAGGAAUCCCAACUCAGUGAUAGUGUUGGCUUUCUGUGUUGCAGCUAUGUUCCACUUGAAGUCAAAAGACAACACUCUGUUACCAAGGGCAGGGAAAACAGGUAAAAGUCAACUUCAGGGACACGUCACUGACAUAAUCAUUUCUGAAAAGAUUUUCACAGGGCUUAAAGGGUAUUUUGAACAAUGUAGCCUGAUAGGGAAGAAACAUUGCUCUCAAGCCCAGCUUUGCCACUUGUUGUGCAUUCCAUUCCUCUUUUCCUCGCUGCUUUACAAAUGAAACCAACCUCAUUUACUUCAACGCACCAUAUAUGUCUCCUAAGCUAUCACCUCAUUAAUUGUCAUCACAUUUCCUCAGCUCAUUCUGGAGUUGCUAAUAGCAAAAUUUAAUAAAAAGGCCAUCCCCAGCAAUUGAAGUUGGUUCAGUUGCUGGUCAAAAACAACUCAAAAGAAAUGUAAUUCUUUUUACUUUAAUAUUUCAGUAUAGUUAACUAUUUUAAAGGAAUUCAAAUUAUGCAUAAAAGUUUCUAAUAUGCUAACAUAAUAAUACAGUAAAAUAUAUAAUACAAUCCUUUACGUUAGGUAAUUAUAUGACUUGCUCAGCUGAGCUAACACAGGGGGAUUUGUUAGACAUGAAUUUUAAAGAUCAGAAGUUUUGGGCCCUUAUUCACAGCAAGCAAUUAUGCAAAUAUUAAUGCCUAACUUAUAAAAAUUCAAUGCAACUGCAAUUUACUAAAUGGAAGGCAUCUGCCUUAUAAGCACUUUAUCACCUUAAGUCGAGACUUCAAACAUUAGUAAUGGGCAUGUUUAUUAAAAAGUAGUGGAUAAAACACUUGGAAAAGAAAUUAGCUACAUAUUGUUUCUUUUAAAGCGAUUAAUAUUAUGACCAUAAUUAUUAUGUUAAAAAAAUAAUAUUUCAAAUAGGAAGAAAGCUAAAAACAGGUCUUUCAUAUUUGGAAUUUUAUACCCUUAGUCUUAAGUAUUGUUUUUUAUAUUAAAAAGUAGUUCUGCAAGGUCUCUCUGGAGUAGCAAAAAUCCCAACCUUUUCCAGAACAGGAUUUUUAUAUAUUUUUAAUCAUUUAUUGUCUCCAAGGAGGGUUCCUAAAAUGUGAAUUGUGUAAAGAGAUUAGAUUAUUAAGUACGAAAUGAGAUUGUGACUGCGUGAAUGAACCAAAAAAUUGGAAUCACGUUUUAUUUUGUUUUGUGUAAUGUUAUCAAGAUCUGACAUCUCUGAGGAUUUGCAGGAGUGGAGUCUGUUCUGAAUGCUGUGUAAGUUUUGUAGUCAGAUGAAAGCAGCAUAAUCAGUAUUAAGGAGCUGUUCUAAUAUAUGUUGUGUUUUGCUUGCCACACAGAUUUCUAAAAUUUGUGUGUAGUUUAUUUUGGGUUUUGAAUUUACUUUUUUUACUGCCAAAAUAUAUUCUGUUAAAAUAUAUUCCAAAAACCAUUGCAGUAUGGCAUAUUAUAGGUCAAUCUGACUCAAGUAUUUAAAACUGAGUAUUUAUUAUGAUUAGUAGCAUAUGAUUGUCUUCAUAUACACAGAUAAAAAUAAGUAGGAACAGACUUAGUAAGAAACGUAAUCAUCCUUUUAUACACUUUCAAUAUGUGCACAUAAGUAUUCCAUGGAUCAUUUUUAUAAUACAAAAAAAAAGCAAAAUAGCUUUAAAAAGGCACUGUUUAUACUUUUUGGGGAAGAGUAAAUAGCUAUCAUCUUUAUAAAUGUUUACUUAUGAAAUAUUAUGUGAAUUGUGUGCUGUAGAAUAUAUUUGGUAGCUGUAAAUUCCACUUGAUAGCAUCAAAGUGUGCUUGUGGGGGAUGGGGGAAUUAAAACCAGGAAAACAAUCAACAGGAGUUUUAAUUACCUUUUAAAAUUAUCUCUGACAAAUUUACUUCACACUUAGGAUUUGCUCUUCCAUAUAUUCUUAAACAUAAUAUAAUUCUAUUGCUGAAUUAAACUUAUUUUCCAGCUUUUUUAUCUUGAUGCCAAGACUCAAUGGGCUUCAACAGCAGCUCAGCUGAUUUUUUUUCUGCUCUUGCCACACUUACAGUUUUCAUGUUUUUUCCCUAACAUAUCAAUACCUACUUUUGAAGCAAUGUGUCUAUAUCCACAUGUUUUUAUAUGCAUGGUACUCAGAGUUACACCAUCAUUGUCUUAUCUUCCCGUGUUUUGAUCAUGGCCAAUACUGUAAAACAGGCAAUAUUGAACUGGCUGCCUCUUAUUCAACUCAGUCAGGAAGGGAGAAUUAACUGAGGGUAUAACAGGAAACCAAUACAUUAGAUUUACACUUUAGCUAGAAGUUUAAAGUAAUCCCACUGUUAAGAAUAUUUAUGCCCAGAUUCUACAUCUUUGUGCACACAGUGUGGUGCAUUAUAAUCAUGACUAUCACAUAUAUGCUGCUCAAUGCCACCAAAUAUAUAUGUAUACACACACACACAUACACAUACAUACAAGCCCAAUGUUUGUGAUCAUACCAGAGUAUGACCAUUGCAGGAGUGGACAAAUGAUCUGUGGCAUGAGAUAGAACUCCAUACCCCCACUGCAAAAGUUUCAGAAAUCCCUUUUCAACUUCAGUUUCAAUGGAUGUGAGUUCCCAUCACAAUGACACAAGGCCCAGUGAGCUGACCUUAAGUCCUUUGUCAGCGACUCACAACAGUGACUAAAGCAAUUGGGAAAAUCUCUGAUGUGUUUCUGUAAGCAGCCUUUUCUCAGUGCCAGCCACAGGUGAGACAAAAUUUAAAUUACUCGGCAAAUAUCCAAAGCAAAUCAUGUACAUCUGUAAUGAUACCACAUGUAAUGAUUGAUUGGCUACACAUUUUUUAAUCAACUUUCAGAUUUGCGGGAUGACUGUGCAUUCUUCUUGCUCUUUUAACAAUACAUGACUUAAGAUAAAAUUAGUGAACAUAUUUCACAAGGAGUUCCCAUGUUAAACUAUCAGUCUUCAAACCAACUCUUCAGAGUCUGAUGUAGAGAGAAGUCAUGGCUAAUUAAUGAUCACACUCUCCGAUGUUAACAGCACAAUUAGCACUUUUAAUCAAUUUCCUUAUUUGUAUUUGUAUAUCCCAAACAGAAAAAAAAUCUCAACAGUGUUUUUAAAUUAUGAACCUAAACCCAUGUAAAAUGUAUUUAGAGAAGUCUGGUAUUAAGAUGAGUAAUUGUCCUUGAGUGGUUGAUCAGAGUUAUGUGGCAAGAGCAUAUUCCAUGCAUCCUUAUUCAUGGAGAAAGUAUCAAAUCAGAUGGCUGACUGUUGGCAUACAUUGUGUCACAUUUUGGAAGAAAUGCCCAUAUUUGCAUUAAAAAAGCUGUAAUUAUACCAUUAUCUGACCAUAACUAGAUCUAUUAAUAAUUUGAUCUUCUGAAAACAUUUGCAAAUUUUUGGCAAAGUACCUGCACAUACUUGAAAGGCAUUUACACAAGGACAAUGUAAUACAAGGAACAUCUUGCCUAAUUGCUCAAAUAUUAACUGUGUUAACAGUUCAGUCCACUGAUCAGCACACCACUCAUCCUGAUCCCUUUCACAUACAUCAGCAUUAUAUCUGUAUAAUAUAAAAUUACUGCCCCAUGGUGUCAUAGCAAACAAUAAAGUUUGCCUUUAUAACUUUGCAAGAAGUAAAAGCAUCCUAGUGUGUGAUUUAAUUUGUCAAAUUCACCAAAGUUAAUUGACCUUUUCAGAAAUGUUGCAAAUAGCAAAGGCUACAAAAAAUGACAAAGAAAGGUAACUGAAAUUUCUGUUGUAAACUUGUUUUUCCCUUUCUCAUUAUGGGACAAAAAUAGUUUUAUUGGAACAGAUUUGUACAGAAAUUCAUCAUUCUUGUUAAUAGAUUUAGUCUAAUAUAAUAAGUCUACUAGGGUCUAUGAUAUUAGUCUUUCCUUACUGGCAUUCCAUUUACAUCUUCAAGCUAUUUUUUAAAAAAAAGUUUACUGUAUAUCUAUUUCCUAUAAGUAUGUUGAGAUAUGUUUGCUUUAAACACUUCCUUGCUAAGCACUUUGAUAAACUACAGUCACAUCUACUUGCUGUAAAGUGUUCAAAGGCAACUGCAAUGAAAAUGGGGUUACAAAACACCCCUCUAAUUUACUUGCAAUUUGCAAUUUUUAAUAUGAAUUUAUUUGUCCUUGGUAGCUAAAAUUCCCUUCUAGGGCAACUUCUCUGUUGUCUUUAGAAUGUAUAAACCAGUAAAUCUACAAAGAAAAUUAUAUAUAGAAGUCUACAGUUACUAUGUCCUGGUUUUAGUUACAUUAUUAAAAAUAAUAUAUAACAACUCUGUAGAUGGAGGUCAUUGUAUUGUAGUGUGCUAAAACAAUGUCUGUUCAUGUUUAGGUCUAGGGUUCAAUUAAUCCCAGGCAGAAGUUGGUGUUGGGAACAGCAUACUGUUGUUCUUUUGUCUAACGGUAGCUGGGAGGUACAGUGAGGUUGCACCUAAGUGCUGAUUCAAAUAAAUUUACUGUUUGGAACUUAAAGAACAGUGAAUUCAGUCAGUUUCAAACCGGCUUUGACUACUGUAACUCAUGAAGAGCACAAUAAAUUCUGAAAAAGUGAUCUCGCUCAAAAAUAUAGAGGGACUUGAUUUGAGAUGCACCAUUUGUGGAUCUCUAUUUUCCAUGUGAACUUAACCUUGAUGUAACUUAAAAAUAUUCAGUAAGGUCCACUGGAUGCAGCUGGUUAAAAGAAGUCUCUUUGAUGCAUAUUCCUAUCCCUUAUGUGGAAAAAAAUAUACACAGAAUGUAUAGAGAUAUAUAUAUAUAUAUAUACACACACACAUACAUCACCAAUCUUGAAACAUUGAAACAGGAUGAAUUAUUAAUGAUUUCAUGUUACUUUGGGGAUAGAUUGCUAUUCCAAUCUAAUAAAGAUCUGUUGUCUAAAGUAUUUAUCACAACUGUCACCAAGCCAAAUAGUGCAAGUUCUUUCCUUAAUCUUCUAGUGACUCUGGCAUGACACAGGUGCACUGUACUUAAUGAAGGGCUCAGAAGCUGACAUCUCCGGAUUCUGGGAAUACAGAACCUUGUGCCACACCUACAGCAAACAAGAUGUGGAACGUACGCAAGUACUGCCAUAUGGAAAAGAAUUGUACGUUGUAUACCAUGUGUACGCUCAAACUCCUCCUUUUUAUAAUUCCACUUGUAAAUAGCCCUUUAGCUGCCACCCUUGUGCAAUAGAUUAUAACACAUCCUGAUCUUCCCUCCUAUUGAACCAAACAUGAAUGCCUCUGGGACAGUAACAGUGUUAUUGCCCAGUCCAAAAUGCAUUUUUGUUAUGCACUGAUUCAUUCAUGUUGCCUUCAAUGGGAACAAGAAGGACUGACAGCUCUCAACAAAAUAGUGGCAAAGAGUUGAGCAAAAAUAAAACAUAAAAAUUCCAAAAAAGAACAAAAAUCCCUUUUUAGGACUUCCACUGUCCUAGACUGGAAACAGGUUGUGUUGUAAAAGAUUUUAAAACAGCCUGAUGUUUCAGGACUUAGAGGCCUUUUUUUUUCCUUUCCCCAUCCCCCCUUUUUGCCUAAAUCUUCUCUCAGUGGUGUCCCAGUGAACCGUGGAACUAUCCCACUGAUCAGCCCUUGGCACUGUGUUGUGUCCUGGCCUGAGAAGGUUAUUAUGCCACUGAGUUUCUGAUCUCCUAGUUUUAGUUCAAGGACCCAUACUUGGAUUUAUAAUAUCCUCUUGGCUUGAGGAACCCUAGCUUUGCCUGGCCUUUAGCUUAUCACUCAAUUAACUGCACAAUAUCAUCAUUUUUCCAAAACAUGCAGUCUGCAAUUCCAUCUGUCAUAGAGAAUAUUUUGCUUAAUUCUAAAGAUAACUUUGCUCAACCCUUAUUCCUUCAAUUCCCCUCUCAGUCCUGGAACUGCAUGUUGUUUAAUAUCCUGUUAGUACCUCAUGUGCUUUUAACUGUCUAUAUGCUGUUGAUUCCUAAUUUCUUGCUCUCUGCUGCUGCUCUGGUAGAUACCUGCUGAUUAGAGAGCUGUAGUUUAGAUCUCUGCCUUCCUUUUUCUGUCAUUCUGUAAGCUUCUAACGUGACUCAAUUAACAAUAUCCUUAAUAAAGGUUGUUUCUUUCUUCA